AUGUUGCAACCAGAUUCCUGUGCUUGUGGGAUGAACAAUUUACAAUUGUUCCAAGUCCCCCCGACCAAUAUUGCUUUAGAAGACUCCAAAUGGGAAGAAUAUUACCCCAUUUCUAGUACUUUAAAUUCGGAUACGGCUCCCAUUGAAUUUGAAAUUAAAGGACAAGGAGAUCAAUAUCUGGAUUUAUCUCAAACGUAUGUUCAAAUGGUGUGUAAAUUUACCAAAGACGAUGGUACUGAUCUGACUGGAGCUGGCACCACUUGCGCCCCGGUGAAUAAUAUCUUUCAUUCCUUGUUUACGGAAAUCGAUCUCAGUGUCAAUGGAAAAAUAGUGUCUCCGGGAACCGAUACUUAUCCUUACAAAGCUUAUCUGGAGAAAUUACUUUCUUACAAACCCAGAACUUUAAUGACACAGAUGAGAGCCUGUAGUCUGUGGGAAAAAGAUACGGCAGGACACAUGGACGAAGUGGGGGUAGCAGACCUUGGAGUGGCUCAAAAUAAGACAUUUGAUGUAACCCCAGGUUCACAGGGUGGUCCCGAUACUGUGACCAUUGACGAACCCAUCGUCCCAGAGUUACCGGCCAAUUCUAGAAACGAAGGAUUUAGAAAACGUCACCAGGCCAAUCGGACAAAUUCCACAUCAUAG